CUUUACAGCCUUCUCCAUCACUACAUUUUUCUUGUCCAUAAAAGGGGAGGAGCUCUUAGGUGGGCAUUUCUUAUAUCAUCUUCAUUUGCUUCCAAAGUUUGGGAAAAAAAAAACCUGUCACCUUCUUUCUUUCUUCAUACAUUUCUUCUUCUUCUUUUUCUUCGCAUCUCAAAAGCAAAGACUUUAAAAAAAAUGAAGAAAGCACAAAAUAGCUAUUUGGAGAUGAAAACUCACCGCCAAUUCCUCGCAGAGAAGCCAUGGUUUCUCGCCAUUCUCGUUGCUGCCUCUUUCAUCGCUGCUCUACUCGUCGCCAGCAGUAUUACAGGAUCAUCAUCUAGCUCCUUCUUAUGCUCCUUAAGUGGCGCGUAUGAAACAUCAGCGGUGGAUGAGUACGCAACCACCCCGACACAGCUUGACGCCAUUCUUCACUAUGCCACGUCGCGUGUGGUUCCACAACAAUCACGCGCUGAAAUCACUCUUUCUUUCGACGUUCUAAAAGCCCUUGCUCCAUGCAAUUUUCUUGUCUUCGGACUGGGCCAUGAUUCCUUAAUGUGGACCUCACUAAAUCCACGUGGCACCACCAUAUUCUUGGAAGAAGAUCCAAAGUGGGUCCAUACGGUUCUCCAACGUGCUCCAAAUCUGCGAGCCUAUGUAAUCAAGUACCCAACACAGCUACGAGAGGCAGACAAGCUUCUUUCUUCAUAUAAGCGAGAGAAGGAAUGCAUGCCACCAGAUGUUCGACUGAAGGGUAACACACGGUGUAAGUUAGCACUGAGCAUGUUGCCAGAUGAGAUAUUAGAUAAAGAAUGGGAUGUGAUCAUGAUAGACGCACCACGAGGGUAUUUUGCAGAGGCACCAGGGAGGAUGGGAGCAAUAUUCUCAGCGGCAGUGAUGGCUCGUGCAAGGACUCGGCCAGGUGUGACUCAUGUAUACUUGCAUGAUGUGGAUAGGAAGGUAGAGAAGGUUUAUGCAAAGGAGUUUUUGUGCAAGAAGUAUUUGGUAAAGGGCGUAGGAAGGCUUUGGCAUUUUGAGAUACCAUCUCUUGCUAAUAGGAGAGGCAGUGAUGCCUAUUCUAGUUUUUGUUAAAAUUGGCUACAGAAAUUUUUGUUAUGUAAUUUAUUUUCACUUUGAUGACAGCAAAAUUUCUUUCUAUGAGAU